AUGUUUUCCAUGUAUAGAAAUUCAAAAUCGGAUGUUCAGCGUUGGAUCCUACUACAGAAAGAUCCGUCUCGAGUACCGGUACAUCAUAUAUCGAGUUCCACGCGUGAAUAUAAAGAGCCUCGUGUAUCUAGUCCCAUUCUUAAUCGACACGAACGAAUUCAUGUUAGAGAUUUAACAAUUUCGAAUUCUGAUAACAUAAAUUUGGCGUAUGAAUUGAGUAGAUAUCCUAACUUGAAAUAUCUUUGCAUCCAUAAUCUAAGGGUAGAUGAUCAUUUGCCCCAAAUAUCUGCUACAAAAAUAAGAAUUGCACGUUCCGAGAAAUUCAAUAAGGUGAGAUUCUUUCAAUGUUUUGACGUCACCAGAAUUACUUCUUUGAAUCUAGAGAAUGCUCUGCUUGGUAUUGUACCUUUGGCGCCAGAAUUCGUAAGUCUUCGUGAAUUGACAAUCAAGGAAGACACCGAGGUAAUGGUAAUUUUUGCUUCCUGCUUAAUUGCUAAUUCCUUAACAAGCAUUUCCAUUCCGAGUAAUCCUGAGAUAGACACACGGCCAGCAUUGAAUCACCACUGUGGAUCAUUACGAUUUAUUAAAUGUGACUUUGAUCCAAGCUACAUUAUUCGGAAGAACCCGUAUGAAGCAAAAAAGAUCUUUUAUAGAUUGAUACUGGACUUUGAAAGAUUUCCAAAAUUGGAAUGGGCUAUUCACUUGGGAGUUGCUCUAAGGGUGAACAAGAAAAGAGAUGCAUUUGCAAAGGUUUGGUUUCAUCCAGAAGAAUACCCAUAUUGA